CAAAAAGAUGCAUUGCCCUUCUCACUCUUUUACCGUCUGAUCUAAAGUGAAGGGAAAUAGAAAAAGAAAAAGUAAAAAAAAAAAUAAAGAGUGAAACCGAAGCACUCAAAAAAAGUGAAAAAACAGUGGGGAGAAAAGCUGACGCUCUGCCUACACCACCCGCCAAACCCAAACCCUCACCGCUUUUCCAGCUUCUUCCUCCAUUCCCCAUCCCCCAACAAAUCUACAUUGCCCCAGUAUUUCUCAAAUAACUAAUUUUAAUUAAGAAAAAAUUGAAAAAUCCAUAAAGCUCGAUCUAUCUGAAAAUUUUCAGCGUUGCUGCAAAAUCUUGGUGGAUUGAAAUUUCCAGGGUUGUGAAAUUUGAUUGAAUUUUCGGGACCCAUGUGGCUUAGACGAUCCAAAUCAAAAUCUCGGAUCCACAACGCGCCGCCCCUCAAAUUUGCCUGCAGUUCCUUCAAGGAUAUCGAAAGCCUCGUCUCCGGUGACGGGUUCGUCGCCGCCGGGGCCGAAUGUACUCUUUUUUCCCCUACACAGCCUUCCAUUUGCCACCGGAGCCGCAGCGUCAAGCCCAUCCUCCGCACUCUAUCCCAUCCUACAUUACCACUAAUUGACGCGCCCGGGGAAGGAACCGAGCCCGAUAUUCGGAUCCCAGGUGCGGAGAAAACUGUAGUGGUGUAUUUCACAAGCCUUCGGGUCGUUCGCCGCACCUUCGAGGACUGCAAGACCGUCCGAUCCAUCCUACGCGGCUUCCGCGUGUCGAUUGACGAACGGGAUCUUUCAAUGGACUCGAGGUUCAUGGCCGAGCUGCAGAAGAUCCUGGGUCAGUCGGAAAAGUCCAAAUUGGCCCUACCCAGGGUCUUCAUCGGUGGCAGGUACAUCGGCGGGGUGGAGGAAGUGCGGCGUCUCCACGAGAGCGGCGAGCUGAAGAAGUACGUGGAGGGGCUACCGGCCGCGGAGCCCGGUACAUGCGAGGCGUGUGGGGGUCACAGAUUUAUAUUAUGCCUAGAGUGCAGCGGAAGCCACAAAUGCUACAACGAGAAAGCUGGCUUCAGGAGUUGUACCUCAUGCAAUGAGAAUGGUCUAGUCAGGUGCCCCUCUUGUUCCUCUGCACCCCAAUGAGCCGUUUUGUCCAUUGAUUCACCCUUAACCUCUUACUUAGUAGUGUGAAUUAAUAUUAGGUUUUAGACAUCAAGUUAGGACAAGGAGUUUAAGAUAUUGAUGCAUCGUGGAAAAGCACCCAAUUUUAUGUCAUUUAGCGCUUUCCAUUCAGCAUUUGAUGUUAGAUAUGGGCUUUGCUUUCUGAUACGUGUUUAGAUUUUGACGUAGGUUUUUGUGUUGAUUUUAGUGUAGUUAUUUUCUGUAAUUUAGUGGCCAAAAUAAAAAGCCAUAAGAGAAUCAUGUAAUGCUUUGUUGUUUUCUGGUGUCGUUUUAUGGGCACGUUGACAGUGAUUCUGUUUUUGAGGUUUUCACAAUCUGGAUAAUUUUGAUGAAUGUUUUCCCAGACGGUAUUGAUUUAAUCAAAAUUGUAAGUUCGUAUAA